AUGGNUAUUUGUAGGAUAGAAAACAGAAGUUUUAUAGAUACUCUACCUUAAUUAAUGAUGCAAUAGAAUUCCUAGAGGGAAAUUAAAGUAGAGGACAAUUUCAUUUUUAAUAUUUAGAAUGAAGUAAAUUUAUAAAUAAUUUAAUUUAUGAAGAUGAUUAAACAAAAGAAAAAUGAACUUUAUGAAUUACAAAUAAAAAAUUUUGAUCUAAAAAAUCAAAGUCAAAAUAUCAAACAAAUAUUUAAAUAUGAUUUUGAUAAUUAUAUAUAAAUGAUUGAUAAGAUUUCAUAAGAAAUUAAAUAAGAAUUAAUAUAAGGUUUAUAGAGAUGCUACUAGAAAUGA